AAGGCUUCAAGAUGGAAGACCAAUAUGCACACUGGUGAGAAGAAGAAAGAUGUCCCACAGAAAGUAUUACAUUACUUUCCCAUCAUACCAAGAUUGAAGAGGAUGUUCCGGUCUGAGCAAAUGGCAAAGGAUUUGAGGUGGUACUUCACCAACAAAAGCACAGAUGGAAAACUUUGGCACCCUGUUGAUUCAGUGACAUGGGAUCAGGUGAAUGCAAAACACCCGGCCUUUGCAGCAGAAGAAAGGAACCUGAGGCUUGGUCUUUCAACUGACGGAUUUAAUCCCUUCAAUAUGAAGAAUUCGAUGUACAGUUGCUGGUCUGUUUUGCUAGUGAACUAUAACUUGCUGCCUGACCUAUGCAUGAAGAAGGAGAACAUCUUGCUUUCGUUGUUGAUUCCUGGUCCACAACAGCCUGGUAAUAGCAUCGAUGUGUACUUAGAACCCCUCAUCGACGAUUUAAACCAUCUGUGGAGCAGUGGAGAGGUAACCUACGAUGCUGUAACUUGUUGUACUUUUAAUCUUAAUGCAAUGCUGCCUUGGACGAUCAGUGAUUUCCCAGCUUAUGAGAAUCUUGCAGGCUGUAAAGUCAAGGGGAAAAUGGGGUGUCCGUUAUGUGGAAAGAAGACAGAUAGUAUGUGGCUAAAGUUCAGCAGAAAACAUGUCUACAUGUGCCAUAGAAAGGGUCUGCCACCAACUCAUAGUUUUAGAGGAAAGAAGAAGUGGUUUGAUGGAAAAGCUGAACAAGGGAGAAGGGGUAGAAUACUAACAGGUCGUGAAAUUUCUCAAAAUCUGAGAAACUUCAACAAUGACUUUGGAAAUUUUAAGAGAUCUGCAAGUAAGAGGAAAAGGAUUCAGAGUACUGAUUUAAGCUCUGAUGUUGAGGCUUUAUCUAGUGAAUCAGAGGAAGAAGAAGAGGAAGAGGAAGAGGAAGAGGAAGAGGAAGAAGUUCAAGUCGAUGAAGAUGAGUUAUCUCGGUGGAAGAAGAGAUCAAUCUUCUUCAGGCUACCAUACUGGGAGGAACUUCCGAUGAGACACAACUUGGAUGCCAUACAUGUGGAGAGGAAUGUGGCUGCGAGUUUAGUUUCCACAUUGUUGCACUCUGGAAAAUCUAAGGAUGGUCUUGCUGCUCGUAAAGAUCUGGAGGAAUUUGGUAUUAGGCAGGAGUUGCACCCUAAAAUCCAAGGAAAACGAACAUAUCUUCCUCCAGCACUAUGGUCUUUGUCGAAGGCAGAGAAGAAGAUCUUUUGCAGGCGACUAUUUGACUUCAAAGGGCCAGAUGGAUAUUGCUCAAACAUUUCAAGAGGUGUUUCACUAGAUGACUGUAAAGUAUCAGGUUUGAAAUCCCAUGACUAUCAUGUUUUAAUGCAGCAACUUCUUCUGAUUGCGCUUAAAGGAUCGUUACCUAAAGGACCUAGGCUAGCCAUUUUGAGGCUGUGCGCAUUCUUCAAUAUGCUGUGUCAGAGAGUGAUUGAUAGGGAGAAGCUAUUGGUUAUGGAAGCUGAGAUUGUUGAGACUCUAUGCUUGUUUGAAAGAUUUUUUCCUCCAAGCUUCUUUGAUAUCAUGGUCCAUUUUGAGGUUGUGCGCAUUGUUCAAUAUGUUGUGCCAGAGAGUGAUUGAUAGGGAGAAGCUAUUGGUUAUGGAAGCUGAGAUUGUUGAGACUCUAUGCUUGUUUGAAAGAUUUUUCCCUCCAAGCUUCUUUGAUAUCAUGGUCCAUUUGACUGUGCACCUAGGAAGGGAAGCCCGCCUUGGUGGACCAGUCCAAUUUAGAUGGAUGUACCCAUUUGAAAGGUACAUAAAAGUCCUCAAAGACUUUGUGAGAAAUCCUGCAAGACCUGAGGGGUGCAUCGCUGAGUCGUAUUUAGCUGAAGAAUGUAUCGGGUUUUGCAAUGAAUUUUUUAAGAAGACAACAGACGUAGAAGAAAAAAUAGACAGAAACACAGAGUAUGAGAACAAUUCCAUCUUAGAGGGUCGUCCAAUAUCCACAGGCACUCCAAUUACUCUGACUGAAAUGGAAAAGAAAGUAGCACAUCUUGCUAUCAUCCAAAACAUGGCUUUCGUGAACCAUACGUAGAUGAGCAUCUACAGUAUUUACAAGACACAUGUGAAAAAUGUCGGCGAGAUGCAUCAACCUUAUCAAGUAUGCACACAAAGAAUUUCGCAACUUGGCUAAAAGAACAGGUGCCUCUUGAUUCUACAGAGCAUGAAGAAACACUUAAGUGGAUAACUUAUGGUCCAUGUUGUUCUGCAAGGUCUUAUACAUGAUUCAUAGUUAAUGGGCAGGGGUUUCACACAACGUCAAUUGAUAGGAGAAGUCAGAAUAGUGGGGUUUAUUAUGAGGCUACAGCAGUCUGUAGAUCUAGUGCCAAAGAUAUAUCACAGGUCGUCGAUCUGGUUUCUUUUUACGGCAGAGUAACUGACAUCAUUUUGCUGGAUUAUAAAGUCUUCUAUGUCCCUCUGUUCCGGUGUGAAUGGGCAGUAAAGGGUAAUGGAGUGAAGAUUGAAGAUGGUUUCACCCUUGUUAACCUCCAUCAUAGUCAAGCAUCCUUUGCAAGUGAUCUAUACAUUCUAGCAUCUCAAGCAAAGCAAGUCUUUUACUCUAGGGAAGAUGAGUCAUCACAUUGGUAUACUGUUAUGAGAGAUCCUUCGAGAAGAUACAGUAAGGAAGAUAUUCAAGAGGGGACUGCAAACAUUGGGCCAUUACCAUCAAAUAUCGACAUGGAAGUUGACAUUGAUGAGGCAGAGAAUGUCAGAACUGAUUGUGAAGGCAUAUAUGUGUGAAACGUAUCCCUUUUGAUUAUUUUCAUUGUCUGUAUGUUUGUUCGGUUUGGUCAUUGUCUGUUUGUUUGGUUUGGUCAUGGUCAUUCUAUGUUUGUUUGGAAUGUUCGUUGUUUGUUUGUUUGGUUGGUCUUGGUCUGUUUGUUUGGAUUUAUCAGUGUCUGUUAGUUUCGAACUAAUUCUUCCUUUCAUAAUUUGUUCCAGGUAAAUUGUUAUGGCCGGUGGAACGAAAAACAAAAGAGGAGGGAAGCCAAAAAAGAAAGAAAAACAAGCAGAUGAUGAUGUUGAGUUCGUGCGUACUUUGGAGACAGGUGAGCAACAUGUGACAGAACCAGAAGAAGGUGAGCAACAUGUGAGAACCACAAGAAGAUGAACAACAUAUGAUAGAACCUGAGACAGAACGAGCUGAUAGUGAGCCUGAAGGUGAGAUCGGACAGUCUACAGUUCCGGAGCCAAAAGAUUCAAACUCCCGUAAGAGAAAGCGUGGACCAACAAUGAUGAAAGACAUAGCUAAAGAUCCAAAUAGCAGAGUUCAUGUAGAUUUCACUUUCAUGGGAGAACCUUACUGAUGCGCCUCAGUCCAUGGAUCAGUACAUGGAACCGGACCAGAUUGGAGAUCAGGCCGAUCAGAACAACUCAGCCGAGGUUCGUCUACCGAGCCGUGCCAACCAGGACGAUCGUGCCGUGUACCACCUAGACCCGCUUACAUCCGGGAUGGAGCUUAGACCAGACCCACGUCCAGACAUCCGAACUGACUAAUCCAGUACGCGUUCUUCCCAGCCAUCUCGACAAGCCAAAGCCAACAGCCGAGCCAGACUUGACUUGGAUCGUGAGGUUUCCCAAAAUGAUCUAGACUUCUCUCUCUUGGUCCAUUUGGUGCGAACCAAGUGUCCUAAAGACCAAACCGAUGGACUAUCUCUCAUGUCUGACACUCUCUUGGAUUUCUAUCAUUCAUAUUUCUCUAAGGCACGAAUCAUCCAGCUUUCUGAAGACUUAGGCCGCAUCAGUACACUGCUUGAUCACCCGGCGGACUGUCCAGACCGUCCCGAGUUCGUCCAGAUCCUUACCGCGACAACUCCAACUUGGCCGAAUGAAUCUGGACAUCAGCCGAAGAAUCACUUUGACCAGAUCUGAUCUGAAGAGUUAUUUGACUGCCUUUCAACAUACCACAAGUAGUAUAAGUAUGUAAACUCUUUCUCAUAAUCAAUGAAUCGAUUUUCCCCUUAA